AUAAAUGACAUUAAUUAUGAGUCACAUAUUCUGUCGUCAUUUUUUGACAUCUUUUACUUUGACAAUAGCUAGUAAAUUGUUUAAUUUAAUGCUGGAAAUUAAAACGAGAGUCAGCGGUGCACUUAUUGUUAAAACUGUCCUUUUGAAAUGCGUUUCUUUGACAGCACCGUACGUGAAGCAAUGUCACGAGGCAGAUCCAAAAUUGAUGGAGUGCUUCAUAAGUGCCCUUCAUCAUUUACGGCCCUAUUUAGCCACUGGAAUAACGGAAAUCGAGCUACCUUCAGUUGAACCGUUUCGUAUGGACGAGCUCUCGUUGUCUCUGACUGGUGGACCCAGUGGCUUCAAAGUGACCCUCGCGGAUAUAGACAUUUACGGAGCAAGUAACUUCACGGUUACUAAAAUAAGAUUAGGAGAAAAGAAUCAACCUUUCGAAGGUAAAAUAAGAAUUCCAAGCUUGAGGAUAGAUUCAAAAUACAGAAGUUCAGGGAUUCUUAUCAUCCUUCCAGCUAGUGGAAAUGGAACAUUUCACGCAAAGUUUGAAAAUAUAUUGGCAACAGUGAAAGGGACCACAAGUUUUAAUUCCAAGAGCGAUAAUAAUCGGUACUUGAACGUCGACAGUCUCAACAUCGAUCUCUUGGUGGGUAAAGUUAACAUGGGUGUGACUAAAGUUUUUGGGAACAACAGACUUCUAACUGAGGCGACCAACCUGUUUCUUCGUGAAAAUGGCCAUGAAGUUUUAAAGAUAAUGAGUCCCCAGUUGACUCGGAAGCUUGCCACAGUUUUCCAAAGCAUAGCAAACAAGCUGUUGACAUACGUUCCAGUUUCAACGUUUUUAGUACCUGGUACUUCUAUCAAACAGUCUUAGAGCUUUUAUUAAGUAUAAUAUUAAAAGUGCACCAUCAUGCGUUUGCUACGUAUCAUGCAGCUUUCACCGAUUAUGAUGCAAUGAAUCUAAACAAUUCGUGUGACAGAACAUUGCAGAUUGUGUGGCCCAAUUAUGACUUGCAUAGUACAAAUUCAAUAACACAACAAUGAAGAAUAAAAUCGUUGCAUCAUACUCAACUGCAAAACCAUUUCAGUAUAUAUGUCACUUUUUUAUUUAUACAUAGAUAUGUACAUGCUUGUUUCGGGGUCGACAUGUAUGCACAAUUAUUAUUUAAGUGUAUAAAUAAAUCUUUUAUUACAUA